AGAAAUCGAAGAUUUCGAGUACGACGAAGACGAGGAGGUAUAUUAUUAUCCUUGUCCGUGCGGUGAUCAGUUUCAAAUAUCUCUCACCGAUCUGGUCGCCGGCGAAGUAGAGGUUACGUGUCCUUCCUGCUCCCUCGUGAUCAAAGUGAUUUACGAUAAGGAACUCUUUCGCGCUAAGCAAGAAGAGCUCGAAAAGAAAAGUGCUAAAAAAGAAUUAGCAAUUCAAAAAGUUUGAGGUUUGGAUGUGGUUGCCUCUAUUUUGUUCUCUGUUGUAAGUGAUGUACUCCUUACUCCACCGGCUCGAAAAAUGCUGUUGCAUUUUUUGGAUUAUUUGCCAUCUGGACAAUCUGGCUUCUGGAAGAUGCGUCAAUGAAACGUCUGGUAUGGCUGUCAACGGUUGACCAAUCAGAAAAUGAGCUGGUGUUAAUGGGGACACAAAGUAAUAGUAAAAAAAUGGCAGGACGCGGUAGAGGAAAACCCGUUAUGUCCUUUUCUAUGGAGCAGUUGGGUAUUUCUAAAGGAGAGAUACUAUCAAUGCCAGUUCUACAACCAUCUCUAAGUUAUCCACCGUUGGAUCACAAACCUCUACCUAUUCAAUUAACCACUGAGAUGAGUUAUUUAAUAGAGUUGAAAAGAGAUUUCACUGAGUACAUGCGAGAGUCGCCAAAUAAUGUGCAAGCUACUGUAUUAAAUGAAGAUGUGGAACGAUUUUGCGAAGAUUUUGAAGAAACUAUUACAGGAUACGAUAAAUUGAAAUAUGAGGCGUAUCACGAUUGGAACAAAAUGCCGAUAGAAUUAAAAUUAUCGAGAAAGCGAAAGUCCUGUCAAAAUAAAAAAUCAAAGAAAAAGAAGGAUACAGAUAUUGCAAAAAAAUUGGCAGAAUUGGAGCAAAAAGAAAGUACACAGCAACCUGCAGAAGAAGAUAGUAAAGAAGAAGGGGAUGGAGAAGAGGAGAACGGUGAAGGAAAAGAAAUAGGGGAUGUUAAAGAUGAGGAAGAAGAUGAGAUGGAUGAUGGGACUGAUUACGCAAAUGAAUACUUCGAGAAUGGCGACAAUUAUUAUAGCGAAGAUGAUAACGAUGAUGAUCAAUUUUUUGAUACGUGAAAGCUUAUAUUACGUAUCAGGUAUUUUUUUAAUAUUUUGAUCUCAGGAAUGUCAAUCUGUUUUUGUAACUGUAAUAGAUAAGUUUUUACAAAUUCAAAUAAAUCAUGUAAAAUUUUUAUUUAUAAUCAGAUUAUUAUUUAUUAAUGUUAUGUAGCGUAAGAAUUCUGUAGGCAAUGGAAAAAUUAAAGGAAUUAACUGACA